AUGGCAUUUCCACUGUAUGCAUGGAUGCCUUCUCUGACUCCACAAACUACUGCCAGAAUUGGAUGGUAUAAAGACUGCAUUCCCAAAUCUACAUCAGACCAACUGAACGACAUCCACAACCUAUUCACACACCAGCAAGAACAACUAUGGGAACCUGCCAUUCCACUUGGCGUGGAGAUGGCUAUUGAUGCCACACAUAUCAACAAAUCAGCAUCCAAUCGAGACGGAAGCGAUAGAAACCAUGGUCAUGCCAUGAAUAUGGAUAAUAGUGUUCGGACAGAGGAAUUAGUGGAAGAUGUGAAUGAUCGAUACCUUUCAUAUGACACGGAAUUGGAAGAAUUCGAGGCAGAUUUAGACUAUCCAUCUAUCCAUUCUGACGAUCAGCAGAUGCAUGCCAUGAGCCAGAUGACCUCCACUUUAUCUGCGUAUUCAAAUGUCGAGAUCUUGGAUGGACUGCUCGACGACAUGAUUGCUAAUGAUAGUGAAUGGACAUAUGCCGGUCAUCACUUAAUGCAUGAUACUAAAACUGAGGUUGUGGAGGAUUUAUUGGAUGAAGAUGUAGACGUAACCGAUGUUGAAGCAUAUCGUGACCGUGUCUGGCAUCAAGACAACUAG